AUGGCGAAAGCAAUUUGGAAGCGAGCAGGAAGGCAACGCAUCGGGCUUGCCGAGGCUCCUCGCGACGGGGCAGCAGCGGACUCUGCCGCCGAGGCUCGUCGCGCUGGCGUGGCGGGAAGCGCGCCGGCGGCGGCAAAUGUCGCUUCUACACUCACCCAAGGCGCGCAAGUAACAACAUCGACGGACUUGGAAUGUAACCCGCUGUCACUCGCGCCAGCAUUCCCGGCAACCACAGCCGCGGAGGCGGCGGCGGCGUGGAAUGCGGCUUCGGUGGAGGCGAUGGCGGCGGCGACAUGGGAUGGUGGCAGCGGGACGUCGCAAUCUGGUUCGCACGACGGCGCCGCCGGCAACAACAGCUACUACUACGACCGCGAUGAUGAUGGCGGCGAUAGCUCGAUCACGGACGGCGAUUCGGACUCGCCGCAUGAGUCCAUGGUGUCGAAUGGCUCCAUGCACGACGAGGACGAUGAUGACGAUUUGCUACUGUCGGAUGACGAGAAGGGUAGUAGCGGGGCUGGCAGGGGUUGCUUUAAGUCCGGUUGCAUGCCGGCGACUCGUCGAACGGCGUCUGCGACGAUCAAACUGCGUGAAAGGGUGCGUCGCACUGCCUCCGGAAAGCCAGUCGCUGCAAGUGGUCGUCAUGGCGCCGCCGCAAAGUCGGGCGGAGGCGGCGCUGCGGCGCCGACGUCGGAUCGCGAGCCGCUGGUGGCCUUGGAGAAGCGGCGGAAGAGCGGGCGGUCGGUGACGUUAAUGCGACGGAUUAUUACCAGCGUGCGCAAAAGCGAGUACACCGUUGACUUGGAGGUGGAGAAUGAUGGCGAUGCGGCGGAACUGCGGGGCCGCGACGGCGCGGCGCGCAGAGGGAAGCAGCGCCGUUUUCAGUUGAGUCCCGCGUGGAGGCCGCUGUUCGUCGUCGUGUGGACGGUUGUGACUCUAGCGGUGGCAGCUGGCGUGUUCGUGGCGACGUAUAACUCGUUUGAGCACGAGCGACUGGUGAGGACGAGUAUGUGGGUGCGCGCUGUUGCUUGCACGCAUACACUCGUAUACACGUGCACGUUCCUCUUUAGCGCGAUGCCUAACUCCCUCGCUUUCCUUGCAAUGUCGAUCCGCCUGCUCGCCAAUCUCGUCUCCACCUUCCACUUUCGAAAGCCCAAGGGCACGCUCGACCGGGUGAGCCAACUCACACGCACGCACGCUCCACUGGAGGAGCCUGUAAGCCCUUCUGUGCUUUUCCUCUUCCCCCCACCCAUCCUUCCCCCUUUCCCCCCCCCCCCCCCCCCCCCCCCCCCUUUCCCUUUCUCCCCUUUCCCGUCCCGUCCGCCUCCUUCGCUCCCCCAUUCGCGCGCUUUUACCCCCCAUCCCUCACUCCCACCUCACUCCCCCGUUUGCCUGUUCCUUCCCCCUCUCUCCUCGCCCCCCCUUUUGCAGCGCACCUUCCUGUCGGACGGCGCGGCGUGCGCGCCACAGAGCACCGAGUACGCGCCCAUUAUCUACACCACGUCCGCGCAGCUCCCCGCUGGUCAAGACCUCAUGUUGUCUGCCGACGCGACGGGCAUGAGCGCAGUGGAGCAUGCGCGGGACAACGGCACCAUGGGCGCGCUCACGGCGCCGCUGCGCCGCGGCAAUCCCGACGCCACCGCGGACGAAGCGGCUGCGGCGGCGGCGGCGGAGGAGGCGGUGGAGCGCGAAAACCACUGGGUGGAAGCGUGGGGGAGCGCGGCGGACGGCACGGCGCUGGUCCGUGUGUACCCCGUGUACAAGGAGGGGCGCGCGCCGCCGGGGGAGGAGAGGGCGAACGUGACGGCUAUGAGGAGCGCGUGUCGCGGAUACAUGUCCGCGCUUGUGGACUUCACAUCACUUGUACAGUCCAUGCACAAGGGCCAUUCGCGCAUGUUCGUGCGCAUCUACGACGUCACGCGCACGCGCGCCACCCCAGGCAGCGCCGCUGACCCGCGGCGCUACCAGCGCACAGCCAACACCAGCAGCGGCCGCAUCGCCACAGUCGAAACCAGCAGCCCCAGCAGCAGCAGCCCCAGCAACGCGUUUAGCUCGAGCAGCGGCGGCAGUGGGCACAUGGAGGAUCUGGAGGAGCUCAUGUACGAGCCCGUGGAUCACCGCCUCGCGCCCGGCGAAACGGAUAACUACAACAUUAUUGCUGCGCUUGACCUGGGGGACCCGUCCCGGCAGCACGAGAUGCGCUGCAGGUACAUUGACUUCUACGUCUUCCCGUUCGCGAGCCUGGGGUGGGCGUUGGUGAUCGUGACAGUGAUGUCCCUCGUGGGGUACAUGUGGUGGGCGGCGGGCGGGCACAUGCAGCGCCUGGAGCGUGACUUCCUGCGCAUGCAGCUGCUCAAGAACAAGAUGAAAGCCGCGCGCAACGUCGCCGAGCGCGCGAGCGUGGCCAAGGGCACCUUCCUGGCCACCAUGUCGCAUGAGCUGCGCACGCCCAUGAAUGGCGUGAUUGGGAUGCUCAACCUGCUGCUGGAGACGCCGCUCAACAUCACGCAGCUGGACUAUGUGGAGACGGCGCAUACCAGUGGGCGCGCGCUGCUUGAGCUCAUUAAUGACAUCCUCGACCUCUCCAAGAUCGAGGCGAACAAGAUGCCGUUGGAGCGCGUGCCCAUGGACGUGCGCGCGCAGGUGGACACGGUGCUCACUAUGUUCGUGGAGCGCUUCCGCGCCAAGCCCCUGCUCGAGGUCGCCGCCUACAUCGACCCCUGGGUGCCGCCCGCCGUGCUCGGGGACUCCCUGCGCUUCCGCCAGGUGCUGGUGAACCUGCUAUCGAACGCGAUCAAGUUCACGGAGAAGGGCCACAUCUUCAUAGCCGUGCGCACCGCCCUGCCCUCCGAGGACCUCAAGCGUGACUUCCGCACGCGCCACCCCUCGCACUCGCACUCCCACGCACGCACCCCCGCACACAGGCAGGGGCAGGGGGGGGACGGAGAGGGUGCGAGGGGCGGCGUGGGCAUGGGCGAGAGGGCGGGCAUGACUGGGCGCAGCAGCUGGACUAGCCAGGGCAGCAUGGGGGGGUGCAGCAGCAGAGGUGGUGGGAGCAGGGAGGCGCAGUGGGCGACACUGAGUGGGAUGGAGGCAGUACGGAGCUGCAACAGCUGGGAUGUGCUGGCCAGCCGCCAGCAGCAGUGGAGGGAGGGUGGGGGGGAAGGGGAGUGCGGAGUGAGUGAGGAGGGGACGGGGGAGGAGCAACCGGGGGUGAAGGGAGAGAAGGAGGGUGCGGGGAAGGAGUGCGUGAUUGAUGUGGGUGGCGAUGGUGCAGCUGCUGAUGCUGCGACUGCUGGGAGUGUCGAUGGCGAGCCUGUGUUGAGCGGGCCCACCGUGCGACUGGUGAUCACCGUGGAGGACACGGGCGAGGGCAUCCCCAAGGCAGCGCAGAAGAGCAUCCUGAAGCCGUUCACGCAGGCGGACGCGAGCACGACGCGCACGCAUGGCGGCACGGGCAUCGGGCUGUCCAUCAGCCGCCACCUCGUGGCGCUCAUGGGCGGCAAGCUCGCCUUCUCCUCGCGCCCCGGCGUCGGCACCACCUUCUAUUUUGACAUUCUCGUGCCGCUCGUGGUGGAUUCCUCACAGCAGCAGCCACAGCAGGGAGGGGAGCCCAUGGGGAUUGUGGGUCCCGUAAGUCCCGUGGCUGCCAUGGGUGUGCUUGGUGCAAGGCCUACCUCUGCCUGCGCACAUGGAAUGCCAGGAGUGGCAUCAGCUGCAGCAGCAGGUGCAGUGGAGGCAAUGCCCUCACUCGCAGCGCAACCGCGCCGCCUUCCACAGCGCCACACCUCCUCCCCAACGCACCACCUCUCGCUCCUCCCUCUUGAAGACGCCUUGGCAUCCCCACGCCUCUCCUCCCCUUGCCGCGCGCGCGUCUCCACCUCGCUCAACACCUCUCCGCGCCUGCUGCCCCCCUCGUCCUCCUCGCCUUGCAAGCCCUCCGCUGCGCGCCAUUAUCGCAACCCGUCCCUUCAGCUGCUGCAUGCGCCACUGAAGGAGCUCCAAGGCAUGCAGGCAGCGCAGCUGCGCUUGCUGCAGUCCACGCCCGUGCACAGACUCACGGCGUCGCCCAUUCACAUGGUGCCCAUGUCCCCUUUGCCUCUCCUGCAGCAUGCCGAGGCUAGCUUGACUCACUUUGACGCUCUCCUGCUUGACGACAAGCCCCUCCAGGGUUUACGGCCUGUGAUAGUGGUGGUGGAAGGGGAGUGGCUGGGGCGACUGAAGGAGGCACGGAAGGCAGGCGAGGAGGGCGGUGCGAGCGGAGAUGAGGAUUCAGGAGGGAGAGAUUCGCCUUGCACUCCCCGCAUGGGGGUACCUCUGCAUCCGCAGCAGCGGCAGCGCGAGAGGAGAGAGGGCGACGGUGGCAACAGCAGAGGAGCGCUGUCGUGGCAGCAGGUGGCGGCGAGGCUGUUUCACGAGUCAGCUCUCUCUCCUGCUGCUUCCCACUGCACCUACAUGUACAUGGAGAAGCAGCAGCAGCAGCUCCAGCAGCAACAGUCACCAUGGUUCGCGUCGGUUCUUCUGGAGUGUGGGGCGAUGGGGGAGAGCAGCAACCGGGCAGAUGGGGGCAGGGCGGCGAGCAGAGCAGCGGCGGAGGAGGGGGGGCCGGCAUUCCACGGCACGGUGUGCAAGCCAGUGCGCUUCUCUGCGCUCUCUGCUUGCCUCUCCCAGCUGCUGCUGGGUGCGACGGCGAACCAAGACAGUGGUGACGGGGAGGAGGAGGAAGAGGGGGACGAGGCCGCGGAGGAGGGUACGGGGUUUGUGGUGAGCCUGCAAGGGGGAAAAGCAUGGAAUGGUGGCAGUGCUGGUGCUCGUGGUGGUGAUGAUGAUGGUGAUGGAUGCAGCAAGGGGCGGCGGUCUGAGGGUGACUCUGGUGUCAUUCAAUUGAACAAGGAACUGUGCGGCAGGGGCCGGGAAUCAGGGAGUUUCAGGCAGGCGAGUGAAGGCGGCGCGAGUGGGUUGGGUGGCAAGCAGGCCGUGGGAGGCAGUGCGGCGGGCAGGGGCGGUGUGCAGGUGAAGAAGGGGAAGCAGAGCAAGACGGCGCAGCUGCUGUGUGAGAAGCUGGGUGGACGACGCUUCCUCGUGGUGGAUGACAACAUGGUGAACCGCAAGGUGAUGUCCAAGAUGCUUGAGCGCUACGACGUGCACGUGGAGGCCGUGGAUGGUGGCGCCAAGGCCAUCGCCGCUGUCGCUCGCUCCGAUACUGCCGCCACUCCGUACGACUGUGUCUUCAUGGACUUGCAGAUGCCGGGAAUGGAUGGGCUGGAGGCCACAGGGCUCAUUCGCAAGUAUGAAGCGGAGCAGCAAGCCAAGGCGGCUACUUCACAGCAGGACGCAGCAGCCGCAGGUGCAAAGCGGCGGCUGCUGGUGAUCGCACUGACUGCAGAUGUGGGUGCAGGUACCAAGGAGAAGUGUGUCGGUGCGGGAAUGGAUGGGUACAUGACCAAGCCUAUUGAGGAGGACCAGCUGUCGCGUACGCUGUUGCCAUUCUUUGAUGGUUUGAAAUAA